AUGGCCUCACUGCAAGAAUCCUUGGCGGGUCCAGGAUAUGUGAUUCUCAAUGCCAUUCGCGUCAUCAAUAUAAUCGUCUUUCUGGACAUCAUCGCUGCCAGUGCGGUGAUGUUGGUGAAGAUCUCGCUGUUGACCAGCUUUUUCUUCUUCGAGGCAGUCUCUCGUGUGGCUACGGCAGGAGUUAGCAUCUUCCUCAUUAUCUCUGAGCUCCCCAUCUUGCGCGGCUACUUUGACCGCAAUUGGCCGUUACUAGGGCAGGAGUCGGGAUUCAUUACCCUGGCAAUCGCAAUGCUGGUACUGGGGAUGGAGGUGUUGGGCGACCUCAACACGAAGGCGACAAGCCAGGAGUCACUGGGGAUGCCGUUCUGGCGCCUCGUCCUCUCCGCUGGUAUCUUAUCCGUGAUCAUGAGCGUGAUCAAUGUGGCUGCGAGCUUCGUGUUUUCUGACCGUGACAUCGGAGUCAGCGCACGACAUGUCCGUCUCUAUGGAGCAGUGGCGCCCCAGAAAGUGGUAUCGCGAGCUGGAAGCCAACGAUCAUUCCAGCUGAGCAUGAAGCGGGAGGAAUCUUUGCCAACAUACAGCCCGCAAAGCUCGGUGCGGAGACACAUGUCUCAGCGGACUAGCACUCGCUUUCCACUCAAGAUCUCCCCACCACUUAAUCCGAUCAAUAUCAGCGACGCGGCAUCAUGGUUGAACUCGGGAUCUCGUUUGCAACGUAUGUAUCACCUACCCUACCCCCCACCCCCCCAAUCCACCCUUUUUUACAUUUCAUUCCUCAUCUUCUUCGCGCCCAUCAUAAUCCCACGCGCCAUCAACCUCUACCGCAGCCUGCGCGUAUCGAUAGCGACCAGACCGCCGCCUCGACCGAUCCCCCACGAUGCCGCGCGCGCGCUGAAUCUCCUCUUCUUCUCCAUCACCUUCUUCUUCCUGCUCAGCCUGCCCUUCAGCCCGCGGGCCCCACCGCAGAGCAUCUUCACGCUCACGCACUCGCGCAUCAACACGGCCAGCGACGUGCUGUUCGCGCGCCUGGCGCGCCUGCGACCGGAGAACACCCUGACGGCGACCGACCUGCUGCUGAAGACGAAACUCACCUCGCUGCCGGCGCGCAAGCUCUACCUGCGCUUCGGCCCGGACGCCCUGGCCCGCUGCCAGUUCUGCUCGCUCGACAACCCCACCACCUACAUCCUCUACUACCUCCCGAGCCACGUCCUGCUCCCGCACCUGUUCCACCUGGCCAUCCUGGGCGCCGCCACCGCCGCGCCGCUCACGGGCCCGGACGCCAGCCGCUGGCGCAACAAGUUCACGCUCGCCGGCGCCGCCCUGGCCCUGCUGGAUCUCUACCUGGUCUUCCGCUACGAUCCCGUGCAGACCGGGCCCGCGGCCCUGCGCGCCGGCCUCUCCGUCCCCACCGCCGCGUACUACCAGCUGGGCCUGCUGCGGCCGCUCGCCUUCGCCGUUGUGGAUGGGGUCGGUGCGCUGCUGAUCUACCUCGCCGCCUCCCGGCGGUUCUUCUACGCGCCGCCGUCCCAGGCCGAGCAGGUCGCCCAGCUGGUCUCCACGGCGCUGUCCGCGCUCGGCGGCGCCACAUCCAAGCUGCACGCCCUGAGCGUCACCCGCAGCACGGUCGUGCGCGACAGGGUGCUCAAGGAUCGCGACGAUGCCUACUGGCGGACCGUGGUGGCGCUGCAUGUCGACAACCCGGCGCUCCGGGCGAGCGAAGAUGGGCCUGGGGCGCCGGCUGCCUCGUCGGCGGCACCGAUCUCGAUCUGGGAGGAAGAGGAGGUGGUUCGUGCCAUGUCGCGCGCCAUGGCUGGGCAGGGUGGGGUGGAGAUGGCCAAGUUGGGGAUGGACGCUGCGGAGUAUGUCAAUACCAUCACCAAGGGGCUGGAUGGUGCUGGUCAGUAG